AUGAGAGAAAGGCUUGAUCGUGGUUUGGGAAGUACAAGCUGGAUCCAAAUGCAGGAGAAUGCAGCGGUGCAGCAUCUUGAGUAUAAUCAUUCGGAUCACAGACCACUAUUGCUAGACACUGACUUCUACGCUGUACCACCAUCUAAUCCAGUGGAAAAACCAAUCAGGUUUGAGGCGAAGUGGCUUAAAGAAGAAGGAUUCUCAGAAGUAGUAGAAGAGGCCUGGUCUGCCGCAGGUUCGGAGACAAACGUGAUCGACAUAAAUAGAAUAGACCCGGACUUCUUGGAGAAAAUUACGCCAAAGGUGUCUGAUGACAUGAAUGAAAGGCUUAUUGCUCAGUUCACUGCAGAAGAUGUAAGAAAAGCAGUUUUCAGUAUUGGGGAUUUAAAGGCCCUCGGCCCUGAUGGUUUGCACGCCUUGUUUUAUAAAAAAUUCUGGAAUCUUGUGGGUACUGAUAUUACCAGUGCAGUUUUGCAGGCAAUAAAUGACCGUGCAGAUAUGACUAAUGCAACCUCAUUGCAACGAGUUCUUCAUGAUUACUGUGCAAAUUCAGGACAGUUGGUGUGGAGAUUGAUUGCGAACCCUGAUUCUAUAUAUGCUCAAGUUUUGAGAGCUAAAUAUUAUCCCGAUGGAGAUAUUUUGAAAGCGGGUCCUAAAGCUGGUUCUUCAUUCACAUGGCAGAGCAUAGUUGCUGGAAUCCAAACUUUUAAAAGAGGCUGUAUAUGGCGUAUUGGCAAUGGUGAAUCAGUUCAUAUUUGGAAUGACCCAUGGAUUCCAUCAAGUGCUGAUCGAAAGAUUAUGACGCAGAAGGGUGGUUGUUUGCUUUCAAAAGUUAAUGAGCUAAUCAAUCCGACUACUGGUAAUUGGGAUGAGGAACUCAUCCGGUCCAUUUUUAAUCCCUUGGAUGCUAAACGUAUACUGCAGAUUCCACUAAAUCUUGGUGCUUUUGAUGAUUUUUUAUCCUGGCAUGGUACUAAGACAGGCCCUUUUUCCACCAGUGUCAGGUUCGUCCUGCUACGUUACGACUGCAUCUCCAUCGGAAAAUCUGUUGCCCGCGCCAUGGCGGCACGGAGGCUGGACGGAACCGUGGAGUUCGAAAUACUGACGGAGUGCAAGUUCGAGCACUGCUUCGAGGGCGGUCUCCUCCACUUCGGGACGCAGUUGAAUACUUUCCUCGGUGACUGCCCGGAUGCGUUCGCCUGCCUCACGCGGGUGCGGCUGCAUAAUCUGAGGUUCGGUGGCGAGUCGGACAUCCCCAACGUCCUCAGCGUCUGCGAGCGGCUGGAGUCUCUGCGUCUCCAUAAUUGUGACGCGGGGAACAGUUCGGUGCUGAGAGUUGAGCAUCCGAGACUCGUCGAGCUCGAGAUCUUCUAUGGGGAGUUUCUGACGGUGGAGCUCGUCUGUCUACCCAAGCUCCAGCGGAUGAAUUACACUAACCGGCAUUUCCGCUACGACAAAGAUCCCUUGUAUUUGGGCGACGUCCCACAGCUUUCGAAGCUAAGCCUAACAAAGACUUGUUAUUGGGGCCAGACCAUGGAACUAAGUCAGCUGCUUGCCAAUGCCCCCACCGUAGCCGAUCUGCAUCUGGAUUUUCAAAGUGAAAAGAUAUGGGUUCGACCAGAGAGCCCGAGACUGCUUGCUCCUGUGCUUGACAAACUGCACCAUCUGAAUAUGGACUUCCUUCCUGAAGGAUGUGACAUCGCCUGGACAAUGUUCUUCCUUGAAGCCGCACCAUCCCUGGGCGAGCUCUGUCUCACGGUGUGGGAUCAUUGGUGUGGCACAGAGAAACUAAGCAUUCGCAGAAAGAAAGCGGAUGUGAAGUGGCAGCUACCUGCUCCCGAUUUCAAGCACAAGAGUUUAACCAAGCUAACCAUCUACGGCUUCCAGUCAGACGGCAACUUCACGAGAUUUGUUAGGCGUGUCAUGAAAGCUGCGGCAAACGUUGAAGAGAUAUCUUUGUAUGAUAGGAAGGUGUGCAAGUUCUGCACCAAAGAAUUUGAGGAUUAUGAGACCGAGGUAUUUCCAUCAACAUAUCCAAGGACGAGCCAGGAGAAGGAUUCUUUGAGGGAAAAGAUUACCGGCGGGCUGAUAAUGGCUUCCCCCGAUGUGAUUCGCUUCAGGUCCUAGAAGCCUUUGGAAAU